CGCGGAGCGGACAUGUGCAGGCUGGGCUAGGAGCCGCCGCCUCCCCCCUGCCCAGCGAUGUAUUCAGCGCCCACCGCCUGCACUUGCCUGUGUUUACACUUCCUGCUGCUGUGCUUCCAGGUACAGGUGCUGGCGGCCGAGGAGAACGUGGACUUCCGCAUCCACGUGGAGAACCAGACGCGGGCUCGGGACGAUGUGAGCCGUAAGCAGCUGCGGCUGUACCAGCUCUACAGCCGGACCAGCGGGAAGCACAUCCAGGUCCUGGGCCGCAGGAUCAGUGCCCGCGGCGAGGACGGGGACAAGUAUGCCCAGCUCCUAGUGGAGACAGACACCUUCGGUAGUCAAGUCCGGAUCAAGGGCAAGGAGACGGAAUUCUACCUGUGUAUGAACCGGAAAGGCAAGCUCGUGGGUAAGCCCGAUGGCACCAGCAAGGAGUGUGUAUUCAUUGAGAAGGUCCUGGAGAACAACUACACGGCCCUGAUGUCCGCCAAAUACUCUGGCUGGUAUGUGGGCUUCACCAAGAAGGGGCGGCCACGGAAGGGUCCCAAGACCCGGGAGAACCAGCAGGACGUGCACUUCAUGAAGCGCUACCCCAAGGGACAGGCAGAGCUGCAGAAGCCCUUCAAGUACACCACGGUGACCAAGAGGUCCCGGCGGAUCCGCCCCACGCACCCAGGCUAGGCUGGCACCACCGCAGCUGCCCAGGCUGCUCCCAGGCCCACACUCACACUCACAGAGAACUGCAUAAGAGGAAUAUUUUUACAUGAAAAAUUAGGAAGAAGCUCUAUUUUUGUACAUUGUGUUUAAAAGAAGACAAAAACUGAACCAAAACUCUUGGGGGGAGGGGGAGCAAUAAGGAUUUUACUGUUGACUUGAAACCCCCUGUCUAUGACACAAGACUCACGAAAAGGGACUGUUGUCAACGCACAGGUGCUUGUCUCUCUCUAGGAAACGACAACUCUAAACUCGUCCCCAGAGGAGGAUUUGAAUGAGGAAAACGACACUCUUGAGAAACCAAAGUCCUUUUUCCCAAAGGUUCUGAAAGCAAAACAAAAACAGAAACAAAAACAAAAAAAAAAAGAAAAAAAAAGAAAAAAAGAGAAAAACAAAGAGAAAGUAGUCCCCACCCCCAAACUCCCCUUCUUUUCCAAUCCCCUCUCCCUGUCCCAGUCUCCAACAAAAAUCGCUCUCUGGUUUGCAGUCAUUUAUUUAUUGUCCGCUGCAAGCUGUCCCGAGACACCGCGCAGGGAAGGCGUGCCCCUUGGGAUUCUCGGCGCCUCGACCUCCGACGACAGACGGCCUCGUCCAAUCAAGUGACCCUGCAUUGCUCGCAGUUCUGGAGGAUGCUGCUAUCGACCUUCCGUGACUCACGUGACCUAGUACACCAAUGAUAAGGGAAUAUUUUAAAACCAGCUAUAUUAUAUAUAUUAUAUAUAUAUAAGCUAUUUAUUUCACCUCUCUGUAUAUUGCAGUUUCAUGAACCAAGUAUUACUGCCUCAACAAUUAAA